AUGCAGCAGGGUUCGGACGUCAUUCCACGAGCCGCUGCUACACGAAUUGUUGCUGUCAUAUGGUGGUUGUUCACAUUGAUAAUGCUUUCAUCGUAUACCGCACAACUAGCAGCAUUUCUGACAGUGGAACGAAUGACAACACCAGUAGAAAGCACCGCUGACUUGGCUGCGCAACAGAAAAUCAAAUACGGCACACUGAAGAACGGGUGGUCUGUAAUGGAAUCCACAACUCCAUCGGUGUUCGUGAACAGCAGCCGUGAAGGUAUUGCUCGCGUUAAAACCGGCAGUUACGCGUAUUUGAUGGAAUCAUCGAUGUUAGAGUACCACAUGGAAAGAGACUGUCAGCUGCAGCGCAUUGGCGGUCUUCUCGACUCAAAGGGAUAUGGAAUAGCGCUUCCGAAGGGCUCGCCACUGCGACAUCUUCUUUCACAAACAGUGUUGCAGCUGCAAGAACGAACUAUUUUGGUAGCUCUGAAAAAUAAAUGGUGGAAAGACAAAAGCGGUUAG